UUCUGGCAGGAACAGAUGGACAUGGCCUGGAAGAUCACACAGCUGCUGCUUCUGGCUUCGGCGACUGCUGUGUGGGGUGCUCCGCCCAGGACUAGACAGGGCAGGACGGAUCUGCUCAAUGUCUGCAUGGACGCCAAGUACCACAAGACAAAGCCAAGCCCCGAGGACAAGCUUCAUGGCCAGUGCAGUCCCUGGAAGAAGAACGCCUGCUGCUCUGUCAACACCAGCCAGGAAGCCCAUAAGGAUGUCUCCUACCUGUACAGAUUCAACUGGGACCACUGCGGCCCGAUGAAACCCGCCUGCAAGCGCCACUUCAUCCAGGACACCUGCCUGUAUGAGUGCUCCCCCAACCUGGGGCCCUGGAUCCAGGAGGUGAACCAGAGCUGGCGCAGAGAGCGGAUCCUGGACGUGCCCCUGUGCAAAGAGGACUGUGAGAGCUGGUGGGAAGACUGCCGCACCUCCUACACCUGCAAGGGUAACUGGCACAAGGGCUGGAACUGGACCGCAGGGUCUAAUGAGUGCCCGGUGAAGGCUGCCUGCCACCGCUUUGAUUUCUACUUCCCCACGCCUGCUGCUCUGUGCAAUGAAAUCUGGAGUCACUCCUACAAAGUCAGCAACUACAGCCGAGGCAGUGGCCGCUGCAUCCAGAUGUGGUUUGACCCGGCACAGGGCAACCCCAACGAGGAGGUGGCCAGGUUCUAUGCUGAGGCCAUGAAUGGAGCUGGGCUCCAUGAGUCCUAACUUCUCCUGCUUGGCCUGGCCUUAAUGCUGCUCCUGCUGCUCAGCUGAGCUCCUUUUACCUUCUGAUACCUGGUCAUCCCCAUGCAGUUAAGCCCCAUGGCUCAGCCCCCAUGGUCGGAGCUCUGUCCAACAGUUUGAAUAAACUAGUUACCCCGCA